AAUUUAACAUAACAUUGUCAUUUCAGUUGAUUUCAGUAUUGUUAAUUUCAUUGAAGUGUAUAGAUUUUAAUCGGCUUAUAAUUUCAUUUUAGUCAAUUUGAAAUCACCAAAUGGCGAAAAAUACUUCCAGUUCUGCUUUCCGUAAGAUCGAUAUCGAUCAAUAUAAUGAAGAUAACUUUAGAGAAGAGGAAGCUGAACAGUCUGUACCCACCGGACCGGAUGAAGGAGAAGUUUGCGCUCUGCUGAAUCAAGGCAGAUAUACUGAAGCAUUGAAAGUUGUACUGAACAAUGCGCCAUUGGGAUCGCCCAAUCAACAAGUCAAAGAUAAUGCCUUGGCACUGACUUUGAAAGUGUUGCUUGCAAUAAAGUCUACUCAGAUUGAAGAAGCUGUGGGGAACCUGUGUUUGGAUGAUGUAGACAUUCUGAUGAAGUAUAUUUAUAAAGGUUUUGAGAAUCCUACUGAAGGAUCAAGCGGGCAUUUGUUAUUGUGGCAUGAGAAAGCAUUUAAUGUUGGUGGUUCUGGUUCCAUAGUGAGGGUACUGUCUGAUCGCAUGAAAGUUUAAUUGACGUAAUUGAUUCCGUAUAACAAUAUUUAUGUAUUAAGCGAAAUAAAUGAUUUGUAUAUAACU